GUCUAAUGGGCUAUAAUCACCGGAAUGAAGGCACGAAGAGGCAUUGAUGGCGCUGUACAGCGAAAAGGUAGCACGUGUUAAUGGAGAAUACAAGAUAUAGGUGUCAUCAUAUUUUAAGAGAAGACUAGCUUCAUGUAGGAUACAGAAUAUAUGAGAUCCUAUUUGUGUCUAGAAUAUACGCCACGUGGUCAAAGCAAAGGUUGUCUUUGCAAUAAAAAACUAAGAUCAAAGGACAGAUAUGUGUGGGCCGCCGCAGAGACGUCUUGGCGCUUUCAUCUUUAUAGUAUUGCUGACGGCCAAAGGAUGUUGUUCUUUAUACUUCACACAAGAUAAUUACCAAGAGGAAAUAUCAACAGAUUUUGAAGCAGGAAGAAACAUUAUCAAAGUAUAUGCAUUACUUGAAAAUGAGAAAUAUCGCAAAAGCAAUGGCACAAUAUACCAAAUCCAAUCCACUUUGAAAUGUGGACAAAGAAUCGAAGAAGGAAGUGUGUUUCAUAUUAACAGAAGCACUGGUUGGAUUUCUCUUACAAAGUCUUUGGAACCAGUUUCGGCCAUUGAUCACGAAAGAUGUUUUCUUUUGACUGUUUUGGCCACCAGUGGAAAUGAAAGUGAUGUCACUACUGUUAGGAUAACAGUUAUUUCGACCAACAGAAAACCGCCGUGCAACAUUGCAAAAACAGAAGAUGUGGAACGCAUAUGCUUCAGAAAUGGCGUUUUUAAAUGGACUGUAGCAGAAAAUAACAGACCUGGUAGUAGUAUCGGAACAGUGCAGUCUGUUUUUUAUGGACAGUGCCCAGAUUUGGUCAAACGCUACGAAGCACUUGAUGGCAAUUCUCAUGAGCCACAUCAAGAUAUUGAAAUUGGCAAAAAGUCAGCGGAACUUUUCACGAAGGUUUCGCUAGACAGAGAGCGUAUGCGAAAACCGGCGCGUAUACAUUUCUUAGUCAAGUGUCAUGUCGUCUCUUUUGGAAGAACAAUUAACGUAUCCAAAGCAGGGGUGUUAGAAGUCCUGGAUGUCAACGACAACGGUCCAGUGAUAAUGAAAUUCCAAGCAAGAAAACGUCAACUGAGGAGAGAUGAUACCAAAACCGUUUUGGUCAAGGACCCGUCGGAUAUCAAGGUUGAUGGCAAACUUACAGAUAUGAUUGUUAAGGACGAAGAUAGCAACGAGGAAAAGUUCAAAGACUAUAAAAUAUAUAUCGCAAAUGAUCCCUUAGGACAAUUCAGAAUGGGUGCUGGCCAACCAAUGUCCUCAUUUCUUAAAAGCGCUGUAAAAUGGAACAGAAGUCUGGUUAUAACUGAUAGCGAGUACCAAUUUGACGUGGUUUUCAACGAUACGACUGAAACUUUUGGAAACACCACGGCAGUUUUUCAUAUUAUAGUGAAGCUUCCAUUUCAUACCCGGGACUCAAGUAUGGACUGGUUUCAAGGCUCUCGUACUUUGUCUGUCAGUAGGAAUGCCUCUGCCUACAGUAGGGUUUUGAAUCUAUACGAAGGAAGCACACCAGACCCAAACUGGACAUUUGGCAUUGUUCACACCUCACAUAAGCCUCAACCAUUUGGCGUGACGUCACCGUCUGGUAUUGUGUACGUCAUCAAUAGAACCCUGUUAGCAAAUACGCCGGCUAAGCAAUUGAACUUGACCGUAGAGUUGAAAAACAAUAACACGGCCACUACAGGUUCCCGAGUCCACCUGAUUGUCAAUAUAUAUGAAAGCAAGGAGCUCUGCCUUGGCGAUGAGGAGUCAUGCUCUUUCCAAAAAUCUCCUGAAAACUGCACCAACGCCUGUGGCUUUGGAUCGCCCACAGGUGACUGUGUCUUUAAACCCGGGGCGGACCUGGGGUUAGUGAGCACAAAGGGGUACGGAACUUGUACCCCUGACGUAAGGACGUGCCCCGAUGGAGUAUGUGACGAAUUGGAAAGACUGCAGCCUCAUUUAUGUUUACAAGACUGUGUUAGGUUCAAAGUAAUAGGCGGUACCCUAGCACAAGGAGCACAAGGCAUACGUGUGUCUGAUACCAUGGAUUGCUUUUGCCGGCCAAACAUGCAAUGUGAAUGUGCAGAAUCCUCCUAUAACCUCACCCUCGUUACCCUCCGUAUGCCAAAGCACGUGAAAGCGGAACCACCGCUGACCCCACCAUCUAAGGCUAAUGUAAAAGUAAACGAAACGAAACUGGUGGAUAAAUAUAAAUAUGUAGCGGCGCCCGUCAUGUUAAAAAACAGUCAAAAUGAAUGUGGACAGUUAUGUAAAGUCGGCAUCACUAUAGGCGUUGGAGGAACAUUUCUAAUGGUUCUGCUCGCUGGCAUACUGAAACACUUCAUCGCAAAACGGCCCCAGAGAAAACGCAAACUUAAGCAUGCUAAUAGCAUGAUUUCCGUGUCUGCUGUACCGUCUGAUUACGUGAGCGAUAGUGAGAGAAGACCCUCCAACAAUACCAUAUUAGACGGGGGACAUCCGCAAGAACUGCAGUGGCUUGGGCCUCAGAUCCCCAAAGGAGUGAUCGAUUCUAAGUGGGAAUUCUCUAGAGACGACCUUAUUCUUGAAAAGACUCUAGGGGAAGGAGAAUUUGGGAGAGUGUUAAAAGCCCAAGCGUUUUCAUUGGAUGGCAAAAGAGGUUCCGUCACUGUUGCAGUCAAAAUGUUGAAAAACUGUGCCACAAAUAGUGAACUCAGAGAUUUACUGUCAGAAUACCAGCUACUGAAAGAAGUUUCGCAUCCUAAUGUUAUAAAAUUGCUUGGAGCGUGCACAGACCUUGGUCCAUUUUAUAUGAUUGUUGAGUUCUGUGAACAUGGUUCUCUGCGUAAUUACCUAAGAGAAAGCCGGGAGAAGGAUUCACUUUACCUGCAAGAUAAGAGAAGCGUCACAUCAGAGAGUAUACUUCAAACAGAAAUACAAAUUGGCCAAGACACCGGCGAUGACGUAGUCACAGCACGUGAUCUCAUCUCAUUUGCAUGGCAGAUUGCUAAAGGAAUGCAAUACCUAUCGGAAAUGAAGGUAGUUCACCGUGAUUUAGCUGCUAGAAAUAUCCUCGUUUCCGUUGGAAAGAUAUUGAAGAUCUCCGACUUUGGGUUAUCUAGGGACGUCUAUGAAGAAGAUACAUACACUAAGAGAAGCAGAGGCCGUGUUCCUGUCAAAUGGAUGGCACCGGAGUCACUUUAUGAUCACAUAUACACAACUAAAAGUGAUGUGUGGUCAUAUGGCAUAGUUCUAUGGGAAAUAGUAACUUUGGGUGCCACGCCCUACCCAGGUAUCCCACCAGAGCGGUUAUUUAACUUACUGAAAACGGGCUACCGCAUGAGCUUGCCAAGUAACUGCUCAGAAGAACUAUAUCACAUAAUGUCCAGGUGUUGGGCGGAGGAGCCAACAAGUCGUCCAGAGUUUAAAGAACUGGAGAACAUCUUUGACAAGAUGUUGCAAGAAAAUGUCGACUACCUAGACCUAAGCAAUACAGUAGAACAAAACCCUAUCGUAGACGAUGACCAGGAUUCAUCUAGAGUUAAUGGUAUUGGGCGAUUGGAUGUAGUGCCGAGGGUGACAACAGAAGAUGACUAUGGCAGUAUUCAUGUUGUCCCCAUGGACGAUAGCGCUUAUCUCCAACCCCAAUCAGCAAACCGAAAUAACAACACGAAAUACUUUACUCUUCUUGCUAAUAGUAACCGGCUAGGGUUGGUGUGUAAUGGGACUUCUCCAAAGAAGUCCAGGCGAAGUGAAGAACUGUGCAACCACUCACUGCUGGCAGAUAAUGUUUUAUAUAGCAUAUCUGACUCCGAGGACACCGAUGGAGAUGCGUGGGAACGCAACACAUUGGUUCAGGUUAAGACGAAAAGGAAUUCAUUGCCAGAGGGUGACGGUGAGAGUGUAGGUGGAGAUUCUAUACGAAGCACUGUUGUUUAAACAUUGAAAAAACAUUGGUUAGAAGAGCUGAACACAUUAUUUCGAGCUGUUGUAGAUAUUUUAGACGUCGGUUGAGGUGAAAGAGGUCUGUUUAAUUAUAUUUGUGAUAUUUGUGAUAUUUGUUUGUGUAAUAUACAACCAAAGACCAUUUUACGUUAAACUGGCGAACAAUAUACCAAAGUGUAAGUAAUAUAUUUUUCUUACGUGGAUCAUUAUUUGUUGUAAAAAACUGUCUUGUGAUUUUAAAUCUCUAGUACUUAAAAGGACUGUCCGUGAAUAAUUCAUUGCUUUUAUCUCUUCUUACUUUUGAUCAAAUACGUCUCAAGGCCAUGUGCAGUCGUAAUAUUGAAUCAGUGGUCGAAUGGUACACAUGUACUAUAAUGACAAUGAUCUUGUAUGGAAUGUCGGGAAAACGGACGAAUACAUUAAAUGUCAUGAAGACAGUUUACAUCAGUCGGGCGAUUUUACACUGCUAGGGGAUGAUUUUAAUAACAACUAGAUAUGGUAUGAUAACAUAGACAGCAAGAGAAAGGGGAAAAAGAAUUUAAUUUUUAAAUAAGCUGAAAGAUAUUACUAGAAAUUACAUGAUUUUAUAGAUGCUACACUGAGUGUUUUAAUUUUUUCCAAAUAUUGUUUUGAUAUUGUUCCAUUGCUAGCAAUUUUAUAUCAGAUAAAUUGUAAUCGAUAGUAAUAAAAAUCUGUAAUUUCAUGACCUCGUGGAAUGACAUGCAAAAAAAUAGUAAGAACAAACCGAAGUGAUAAUUUUACACCAUGGUCACUGAAAAGCACCUCACGGAACUGCACAUAAAAUACGA